AUGUAUUUCCUUUUUGACUUGUUACAAGUAGUUUUCUUAUCUAAUGCAAUAUUGCGGGUUACUUUUUUUUUUUUUUCACGAAGGUCUUUUCAAUAUAUUUCCAACGCACCAAACCUCUUCCCUAUUCUCAUUUGGUUGUUUUUUUCUCUCGCCAUUUCUCCUUUUUUUCGUUUUCACACCGUCCUUCAUUUUGGGUUUAUAUUUUGUUUAUGGCUUUUGAUUUUUACUACAUCUUUCUUCUCAUCUCCGUCUCUCCUUCUCUUUCUAUACCUCUUUAAACCUCAUCUUUUCUUGGUGGCCUUGACGUUUCCUUUCAAAAGCUAUGAAUAUUCUAUCCUUCCUUCCUUCCUUCCUUCCUUCCUUCCUUCCUUCCUUCCUUCCUUCCUUCCUUCUUUAUUUUUCUUCCUUCCUUCCUUCCUUCCUUCCUUCCUUCCUUCGUUACACCUUUUUUUUUUUCCUUCCUUUCUUUUCUUCCUUCCUUCCUUCGUAUACACCUUUCCUUCCUUCCUUCUUUAUAUUUCCUUCUCUUUUUUUACCAUUCCUUCCUUCUUUCCUUUUUUAAAUCCUUCCUUCCUUACAUUUGUUCCUUCCUUCCUUCCUUCCUUCCUUCCUUCCUUCCUUCUUCCUUCCUUAAUCCAUUCCUUCCUUCCUUCCUUCCUUCCUUCCUUCCUUCCUUCCUUCCUUCCUUCCUUCCUUUUCCAUUCCUUCCUUCCUUCCUUCCUUCCUUCCUUCCUUACUCCAUUCCUUCCUUCCUUCCUUCCUUCCUUCCUUCCUUCCUUCCUUCCUUCCUUCCUUUUUUUCCUUCCUUCCUUCCUUCCUUAA